AUGCUGUCACGAUAUCUAAGUCUAGUAGGACGAAGAAGCGCUGCACAAUACAGACCGCAGCGGCUACCAGCAAAGUUUGACAACGUAAUAGUGGCGAUGUCAUCUGGGGUAGAUUCCUCAGUUGCGGCAGCACUAUUUGCCGAAGAGUUUCCAAAUACCCGAGGUGUGUAUAUGCAAAACUGGUCUGAAUCACAAUCUUUGGAUGAUCCAGGCAAAGAACCGUGUUACGAGAAGGAUUGGAAGGAUGUGAACCGUGUCGCUAAACAUUUGAGCAUCCCAGUUGAAAAAGUUAAUUUCGAGCAAGAUUAUUGGAUUGAUGUAUUUGAGCCGAUGUUGAGAGGCUACAAUGAGGGGUCAACCCCUAACCCAGAUAUUGGUUGCAACAAAUUCGUCAAGUUUGGAAAGCUGAGAGAGUGGCUGAAUGAAAAGCAUGGGACGGAUAACUAUUGGCUUGUUACGGGCCACUAUGCCCGAGUAAUGCAGGAAAUAAAAGGAAAAGAGUUAUUCCGACUACUAAGAGGUAUUUACAGGCCUAAGGACCAAAGUUAUUACCUUUCCCAGAUCAAUUCAACAGCUCUAUCGUCGUUGCUGCUACCCAUAGGCCAUUUAACAAAGCCUGAAGUCCGAGAUUUAGCUAAGUAUGCGGACCUUCCGACUGCCGGAAAGCCAGACUCACAGGGGAUCUGCUUUGUUAACAAUUCGCAGCAUGGAAAAUUUAAGAAUUUUUUGAAGCAUUAUCUACCUAGUUCACCAGGUAAUAUCAUUACUUUUGACCCACAAUCCGGUGCCAAAACACAGUGGGGCAAACACGAUGGGAUGUGGUCUUAUACUAUCGGGCAGAAAAUUGGCAUAUCCAUGCCACAAGGUGACCCAAAUUACCAAGGACCCUGGUUUGUCAGCGAGAAACUGAAGGACACUAACGAAAUCGUAAUAGUCCGAGGGAGGGAUAAUGCCGCUUUAUACAAGGAUACCAUUCGAAUCGAAAACUUCGCCUCAUUGAGCCCCAAGGAGGAUACUAUCAAUGCUCUUCGGGAUAUUAGUGCCUUGACUUUGCAGUUUCGGUCGCUUCAGGUCCCAGUCCAGAUUAAUUCGUGCACGCUGAAUAGUUCUGCUGAAAACCUCGACAUAACGAUAAAUGUAGCCUCAAAACAACGUGCCAUGGCUCCUGGACAAUCUUGUUGUCUCUAUGUUGGCGAUAGAGUAAUUGGGAGUGGGCCCAUUUCGCAUGUAAAUAAUAAUGAUUGA